UCUCAACCCACUCGUUCUCGAGAUGUUCAAUACUCAAUCGCCGGGUCAGUUCACUGUAAAGGUGCACGAUCAGAGUGGGGAAGUCAUAUUAGACGUCACACACGCCUUCAUCAUGCGCAGACAGCUUAUUGAAAAUAUCCUCGAUCUGUUCGGCGUGGAUGUCAAAGCUCCUGGAUCAACCAGCACCACCAUAGAGGCUUCGUGGCAGAAGAUGUCGGUCGUAGAUCCGCUAGCAACCGUUGUGAGCAUGAUCGUGAUGAAAUGGAUGCCCUUAUUUUAUCCGAGCCCCUUGGGUGUAGGUGCUCAUACUAGUGGUGCUCACGUACGGCGCUGGUCCAGCAAUGGCAAUGGACUAAGGCUUGGAGAAUUACUGGAUCAGGUUUUGAAGGGGCUCGCGAGCCGCGGUGACAUCGAUGAGGAGUGCGAAACCAGACUGUCGAUUUCGGACAGCACGAGGUAUAGCUGUAUAAACUUGAUGCCGCAGCCGCGGAUAGCGUAGCGAAGACUGCAGGUGUGCCUAGAUCUUGGGGAUCGACUGGGACUUUCUGGGAUAUACAGCGGCAUUGGUAGGUUGACUGUGCCAUGCUUCGUUGUUCAGGUACCGUUGCUGGGCUUCUUGACACUUUUGCGUAGAUGAUGAUAGCGGCGGGGG